CGCUGUCGCCAACCUAUACGAGAACGGUCUCAAACCCACGCCCGCAUGGUCGGUUAUGACUCGAAUCAGGCUCCCAGUCAUGGACUCAUGAGGCCUCAAUGUGCGGUUUUAUUUUUGGACGCGGAAAAAGAAAGUGGACAGCGGGCCUGGCGGACGCCUCCAAAAAAUUAAUGUAUUCACUCGUUCGUAUUUAUCUGAUUCUCUUUCUGAAGUUUUUCCCUCCCAGGCCCUCGUUAUUAUUCCCAUUAGUUUCUAAUUUCUUCAUCGUCACUCGUUCCUCCUCGCCCUGGGUGAGUGCCAUUAUAAUGGACCCAUUCAAUGAAAAAAGUCCGUUUUCCGGGUUCUCCAUGUUCCAACAACGGGGUCCCGAUGUCUCUCGCUUGCGCCAAUUUCUUAAUCUUCUGGGAUGCCUUAUUGUGAUCCCUAUUUACUCCUUCAUCACCGGCUAUACGCGACACCCGUUGACACUAGAUAUCUUGCUAACGAUAUUUGCGGCGGAAUACAAUCGUUUUGAAAAUGAGAGACGACGGCGACGACUGAACGCCCCAUCGCAGGGUGUUCAAGACCUAGAGAAAGCGAGCUCUCUGCUUACGGACAUCAAGAGAGCCACGGAAUGCAUGGCCGCGAUAGUUGGGUAUCGUGAGGACCCAGGUCUUUUUGCUCGUGCCCUAGCCAGCUACAAAACUGCGGCGGAAUGCCGCUUCAUCCUAGUGGGCGUUGAUGGUGAUGACACUCCAGACAUGGAGAUGGUUCGAGUCUUUCAAGAAGUCUUUCCGGAGAAAUCCGCCGUCAUUCAAAUUGAUGAGCCCCUGGGUGAAGUUGCCAUGAAGACCUUUGAGAAGCUCUCCAAGGUCGAUGGUAACGCCCAGGCUCCCCAGGUCUAUAUGGAAGCUACCAUUGCCCACUGCUGCCAGCUUGCACGCGAGAUUCUCUCUGAGUAUGACCUUGAUCUUGGCGAGGCUGGUGGUAUCACAAGACUGUGUCUCUUCCAGCCCCAUCUACAUAAAAAGGGAAUUAUGUUUUCAGCUUUCAUUUUCUCUAUUGUGAUCUCCGAAAUGCUGGGCAUCGAGUACCUAUGGUCCUCCGAUUCUGACACCAUCAUCAUGUCUGACUCAUUGCGGAGUACCAUUGAAACCAUUGCUGGUGACCCUCAUGUCGGUGGUGGUAGCUCGGGCUUGAUUGUGCACAAUGAGAACGACACUAUCACGACCAAACUCGGCAGUGUAGUUUAUUGGUCUGAGCUGUAUAUGACCCGGUCAACCUCAACCGCCUCUGGAACCAGUGACUGCCAGUCAGGCCCCAGUACCGCAUUCCGAAUCUGCGCUCUCCCAGCCGUCUUAUAUCCAUGGUAUACGCAGACCGUGCUUGGACAUCGAAUGGUCGUCAACGAGGAUCGCCAUCUCACCACCAAUCUCCUCAUGCGCGGGUGGACUGUCACAUAUGUGUCUGACACGUUGACUGCAACUGACACACCCACAACUUUGAGCCGCUGGAUCAUGCAACAAGUUCGCUGGAGCCGAGCCGGUCACAUCGAGUCCUUCCAACAGCCUCAAAUAUACGUCCUCAACAACCCGCUCUUCUUCUGGGCUGCCAUCAAGCGAGAGGCCGGACCCUUGCUUGGAUUUGGCUACAUCCUCUACUACCUCAUCACUGGUCGCUGCUUUGCUUAUUUCAACUGGUACGACGUCGGCAUUCGUAUUGUGUAUACAUUGCUGUACAACUUCUUCCGCAACCCUGACAGAGGGCCAACGAACUAUUGGCUCUGGAUUGGACCGGGUCUGUUGUUUUACAAUAUCCCUCUCCCUAUGAUCCAUCUUUGGAGCCUGAUCACGGUGUUCCAGGAUGGAUGGGGUACCUCUAUGCGCUCGACUAGUGAAAUAACCAAGCGAGACCAAGCAUGGAAACGCUGGAAUGAUUUGGGAUUCUUUGUCGUGUGGAUGGGUAUCGUUGGCGGUACUUUGGCAAGAAUGUUCGCCAACAUGGCUGGCUGGGAUAGCACCAGUGUGUUCCAGGCCAUCGUUUUGGGGAUGAUUGUACCUUCCGCGGUGUCGUUCUAUGGCCUAGUGUUCCGGGAAUGAUUUAGGACGAAUUUAGACUUAUAAAACUCCUCCGCCAAGACCAUACAAUUUCAAACCCUUCAUGUUCAAAGAAACUGUUGGUUGCUGUUGUAAAAUUGGUGAAUAAUUACUUUACGCUGCGUAAAUCGUACCCUCCUUAGCCCCAUUACCCUCACCAUCCAGGAGGUAUCCAAUAAUCCUUCCAAUAACCGUAGUCCGCUUCUCGAAACUGAUCAACAUCACCCUUGACACCGUUCUUCCCAACCUUCCAAACACCACUCUCCACCAAUUCACGCCACCGAUCCAUUAGCCUUUCGAAUCGUUGAGCCCGCGAUUCACCCCCGAAUGGGCGAUAAGACCCAUGCUGGAAAAGUUCGGACACCGAACCCCUAGACACGAGGGUUCCAUCGCUUUUCCUAGCACGAUGUUCAUCCCCAAACUCCGUGCGGAAUUUGAAAGGUAGCAAAAGACGAAAACCUUCCUCUUCAACAUCGUACUCUCCUCGACGUGCAAACUCGGAGUAUAGCCCUACAGGGAUGCGAUCACGAUUGUCGUAGGGAAUUGGGUCGUAAGCGGUGAAAAAUAGCCACCUUAUUUCCUUGUUGAAGUUGACCGUGCGUUUUUUGCUGGCGAAAAUCAACACCGGUGAUUUAACCGUGCCCGAUUCAGGGUGGCGAGGUAGGCCGGUAAACUUCUGGCGUGCUGCGAAUGCCGUGGCAUCGUGCGGUACUUCUAAGCCCGGUGCAAUGAAUUUGAAGCGGGGCGUGUUCACCUUGGACAGAACUGAGCGAAUGAAGCAAUUCUCCGGAACGGACGCUGCAUCUAGUUCGGCAUCGGUCAAAAGAGGAGAUUCUCGAGAGACCGAGAGAUGGGAGCGGGAAGGCAUCCUGGCUUCGAUUGCAGCCGAGAGUCGAUUCAUAGCAUCCACGCCGCUGUCGACUUGAGCAGAGCUAUAAGGUUGCCAUACCCACGACCCUAAUCGGUCAAUGGGGGAUGGGAACUCGUGCUCCGGCGGACUAGCAGUGAUUUUGCCAAUGCGAAGCAUGUGAAUCCAGUUGGUCAGCAUCGUCUCGAGCGGGAACCACAUGUCCAAAUGGUUCUUGAUAGGCUCGAUGCUUUCAAGAUUCUCAAUCACAAGGGGCAUCGCUACACGAUUCCGCUUCUGAUCAAAUAAGAGGCCGAUACCAUGCGAUCCGAAUUCCACCCAAGAGUUGUAGAGGAUGACAAAACGCUCCUUGUUGCGUAGCAUGCUUUCCCCAUCCAUGUAAAGAUCAGCUGGGGACAUGUCCA